GGUGUGAGCAGAAAUCAGUGCAGUAAGUAAUUGGCUUGUGAAAUGGCCAACAGUAUGGUGGUGCUUUUAUCAUUGGCAGUUUUGGGUUGUUUUCUGGGAGGAAAUUUUGCCCAGCAGAAGGAUUGGUGGGAGACUACCGUGUUCUAUCAAAUCUAUCCGCGAUCAUUUUACGACUCGAAUGGCGAUGGAGUUGGUGACGUCAAAGGAGUCACCGCAAAGCUACAGCACUUGAAGGAUACUGGACUGGAUGCGACGUGGCUUAGUCCGAUUUUUUCAUCACCCCAAGAGGAUUACGGAUACGAUGUGAGCGAUUUUCUUUCGGUGGAUCCACUUUUCGGAACGAACGAAGAUCUAGAGGAACUGUUUGCCGAGGCGAAGAAGCUAGGUAUCAAAAUUAUUCUGGACUUUGUUCCGAAUCAUACCAGUAAUCAGCACGAAUGGUUUAUCAAAUCGGAGCAGAGGAUCGAUCCUUACACAGACUACUAUAUUUGGGACAGUGGCAAACCGAAUGGUGAUAAUCGCCCUCUGGCUCCAAAUAACUGGCAAUCCUUGUUCUAUGGAUCAGCCUGGCAAUGGAGCGACGUUCGUCAGCAGUAUUAUCUGCAUCAGUUUGCCGUUGGUCAACCGGAUCUGAACUACCGUAACGAAGCAGUGAUCAAAGAAUUUGACGACAUUCUGCGCUUUUGGAUGGCCAAGGGAGCUUCCGGAUUCCGAGUCGAUGCCGUGAACCAUAUGUUCGAAGUUGAGGAUUUGCGCGAUGAACCCAUCAACAACCCGGAUGAUCCGAACAGCUACGGAUACACUCAUCACAUUUACACGAAAGAUUUACCGGAAACGUACGAGGUCGUGGGUCGUUGGCGAAAGCUGAUCGAUGAAUACGUGGCUGCGAAUGGACUCGAGACUGUCAUCAUGAUGACGGAGGCGUACGCCAAUCUAACCAUGACAAUGAAGUUCUAUCAAUCGGAUGAUGGACAACCCAGAGCUCAUUUCCCGUUCAAUUUCGCUAUGAUCGAAGAUUUGAACAAUUGGUCGAACGCGAAUGAUUUCAAGUACAUCAUCGACCGAUGGCUGAGCAACAUGCCGAGUGGGAAAAUUACCAACUGGGUCCUGGGUAACCACGAUAAGCCUCGCUUCGCAAGUCGCUACGGAAGUGCCCGAAUCGAUGGAAUGGCACUUAUGCUAAUGACUCUGCCCGGAGCUGCUGUCGUUUACAACGGCGAGGAAAUCGGAAUGGAAGACUUCCGAGAAAUGUCCUUCGAAGAUACCCGAGACCCUCAGGGAUGCAACCUUGGACCGGACAACUACAAAUAUGCUUCCAGAGAUCCUCAGCGAACGCCGUUCCAGUGGGAUAGCGUGUACAAUGCUGGAUUUUCUAGCGCUUCCAAGACUUGGCUUCCACUACAUCCGGAAUACCCGAACAACAAUCUACGCAUGCAGAAGGAGGCAUCCAUCAGCACUUAUAAGUUCUACGUAGACGCAAUCCAACUGCGCAAAAACCGUGUCUUCACUCAUGGAGCAUUCGAAUCGCGUGCUUUCACCGACGACGUCUUCGGAUUCGUUCGGUUUAUUCAGGAAAACAGUGACCGAUAUCAAGACCCGUACAACGUGGUACUGGUCAAUCUGUCCGGAAGCUCGCAGAAAGUAUACGUGCACCAUUUGUACGAAUAUGCCAGUGAAGUUGCCACAGUGAAACUGACUAGCAAGCAAUCAAGCUAUAAAGUUGGAGACAGCGUUGAAACUUCCGGACUCGCUCUGGGUGCGUAUGAGGCCAUUGUGAUUGGUAAUUGAUCAGUCCUAACCUAAUCAGUCCAGUUUGUGGUUGUAGUUACUGGUUAAAUAUGGUAAAAUAAAUUGAAACACUUUGUCAAUAUAGGUAA